AUGCUGCUCAGUGUCGGUCGCUGUGUCCUGUGCGGUGUUCGCACGGGUCCCGGGAGGAGACUGUGGGGCCGACGCUAUAAUGUCCUCCCUGGCCUGGGCUCCGCAGUGCAGUGGAAGCGGAGGGUGGGUGAUAGCCGGCGCCCUCCAUGCUUGGAAGGACUGGUGAGGAGCGAUGAGUGGAGCGGAUACCUGCAGCGAUGGGAGGCCCAGGCGGCUCAGACUGCAGGGACAGCAGCCGACCAGCAGAGGGCAGCGUCCUGGGAAGGUGGAGAGAAGGUGGGCUGGAGUAAUCGGCAGAUCCUACCUGUGAUAAAGGAGCUGAGAGCCAAGGAGAGAGAGCUGAGUGAUCUCCACCAACUCAUGGCAGAUGAGAGUGAAGAUUUAAAGGCACUUGCAAACACAGAAAUAGCAUCUUGUGUAGAAGAGAUAAUGAAUCUAAAAUACCAGAUAGCUUGUCUUUUAAUUCCAAGAGAUGAAGAGGAUGACUGCAAUCUUAUUCUAGAGCUUACAGCUGGUGUUGGAGGACAGGAGGCAAUGCUUUUUACUGCUGAGAUGUUUGACAUGUAUCAGCGUUAUGCUGCUCAUAAAAAAAUUGGAUUUUUGACAUACUGGAAUACUCCCACAGUGAUCUGGGUGGAGUGCGACAUGCAUCAGCAAGUAUAGGAGGUUUGGAUGCCUAUAAAUGUUUAAAAUAUGAAGGUGGAGUGCAUAGAGUUCAGCGAGUGCCAAAGACUGAGAGACAAGGAAGAAUUCACACAAGUACUACAACUGUAGCAGUAUUGCCUCAACCAAGUGAGAUAAAUUUAAUAAUUAAUCCCAAAGACUUGCGUAUAGAAACUAAAAGGGCCAGUGGUGCUGGGGGACAACAUGUCAAUACCACAGACAGCGCAGUACGAAUUGUUCAUAUUCCAACAGGUACAGUUGCUGAAUGUCAGCAAGAACGAUCUCAGAUCAAAAAUAAAGAAACUGCAAUGAAAGUUCUUCGUGCAAAUUUAUACAAUAUGAAAUUAGAAGAAGAGACAAAUAAAAGACAGAGUGCAAGAAAAAUACAGGUAGGCACAAAAGGACGAUCGGAAAAAAAUUCGCACAUACAACUUCCUACAGGACCGGGUUACAGACCACCGUAUUAGCAAGUCUAUGCACAAUAUAGAAGCAUUUAUGUUUGGUGAUGAACUUUUAGAUGAAAUGAUUCAAGCUUCCAGUGAUUUUGCUGACUAUGAGUCUCUUGUGGAAAUUAUUUCAAAUUAA